ACCGGUUGAGAUAACAAUGAGUAAUCGAGAGGUGGUUGUUCUCAGUGUGGGAGGGAUGAGAUUUGUAACCCGGGCUUCUACCUUGCAGCAGUUCCCUGAGUCCAGGUUAGCACGGAUGUUGAACGAUGAAGACCGUGAAUUUAAACAGGUGAAUGGGGAGUUUUUUGUGGACAGAGAUGGAAAUUUGUUUAGUUACAUCAUGGACUUCUUGAGGACUCUUCAGGUCUCUUUACCCACUGAUUUUUCAGACUAUCAGAGGCUACAGAGAGAAGCAGAAUUCUAUGAGCUCUACUCUCUGGCUGACCUCCUGAGCCAGGAACACUUGCUGAAGCCGAAGCUGGAGAUCUUGGAAGUGCGUUUUUUUCUCCAGGAAGGGCAAGCCUUUUUCCGGAUCUUUGGUUCCUGCAGUAGCACUGUGGAGGCUCUUGCUGAACAGAUUACUGUGUUUACAGGGCAGCAGUCAGGACAGAGCUGGAAUAGCCCUUUUUCUUCUCAGAAGCCACUCAUUCCACUUCCUUUGGAAAGACCUUCUCAUCACGAUGUGGUUUUUCAGUGUGGUACUGACUACUCUGCUGGUGACCAGUUUGUGGCCAGGUAUGUUUCCAUAAAGCCUGAUAAUAGAAAGCUGAUUAAUGGUACUAAUGUGCUAGGCCUGCUGGUUGACAGUUUACUAAAAGAUGGAUUUCGCCUCAUAAGCACCAGGACAGUCUCCAGUGAAGAAAAAGUUGAAUGCUACAGUUUUGAAAGGAUGAGGAGGCCGGCAGGCCUUACCAUCACUGUGAACCAAAGCCCAAGGAGCUCUGGGAUAGCACAGGCAAAGAGGAGUCAAAUGCAGAAAGGGAAAUAAAGCUUCUUCCUUUAACCUUGUAACCUUUUGAAGGGGAAGAGGGGUAUGUCAACACUACUAACUUUUUUGUUUGUUUGUUUGAAACUGCGA